CUCCCCAUUCAAUCUAUCUCUCCCAUCUCCAUCUCCUGUCCUUAUUCAUAGUGCAUCUACUUACUAUCUAUCCAUUCAUCGUAUCCAAAUAUCAUCAACACUAGAAUCACGAUGUCCAACGCACCCAUGCCAAACCUAUCAGAAGAAUCCAGUUUCUACGGUUCGGAGGAAGAGACAGCACGUCUGGAAGAGGAAGUGUCCAAAUUCGACACAGACAACUACUGGACAAACAUCCAUCCCCAUUCCUACAAUACUAUCAAGCAAAACGUCCUUGCAGCCCGAGGAGCCAUGGCCUCAUCGUCAUCCGAUGCAUCAGAUGCACCCGAGCCCAUGGACCUCACCUCCAGCGAACCCCCAUCAACCCCGAUCCCGACCCACGACUUCGACGUCCCUAUUUCAAGCACAGACACCACCCCAAUCAGACACAACCGCCCCUCACCCAACGAACCUAUCUCAUCUUUCCUCGCCCGUCUACGGCCCUCAUCUACCCUCUCCACAUCCCCCACAGGGUCCUGGAUAUACAUAUCCAGUUACAGUUAUCAGAACCCCCAAGCGGACAUUAAGAAGCUUGUGAAAGAUGGUACAGCCGAGCUACGCGCGCACGAGGACAAGAUCUCCCAGGUGUGUGCCGAACACGCUAAGAAGCCGAAGAAGACGCAGACGCCUGCUGCGCUGACGCGCGAACUCACCAAGCGUCGUGUAGAUUUGGAGAGGUCGCUGUUCGCUCUGGCGAGGGAAACGGGUGUGGUUUCGGGUAAGUGGAUGUUGUUUGUUUCACCAGCGAAGGUGGAUGAGGUGUGGGG